AUGAUUAAUUGUGAAAAUUCAUUAACAACUAAAAAUAAUUCACAAUAUCGUAAAGAUUUUUUAAGAAAAUUUCGAUUCGACAAUUCAUCAUGGUUAUUUUCAUGUACUAAUCAUAAACAUAAAGAAUGUUCUAAGAAGAAAAUCACACUACAAUUCACGGAACAAUUACAAAUAGAGUCUACAUUGAACUUAUUAGAUAACAUUGAUCCCGAUCAACUAUACUGUAUCCUAACUGAAGUGAUUCAUCAAUUAUUCAAUACAAGUCGUUUUGUAUCGAUUCAACAAUUGGAUUCAUUAAAGUUGGAAUUAAUAAAUAAUCUUGGAACUUUCACAAUUGAUCAUCAGCAUCGAAAUGAAUGGAAAACACAUUCUUCAGGAAAAUCUAGUACAAAAUCUAUUCAUAAUAAAACACAUAAUUGUAUUGUCUUCAACUUGAGUAAUGAGGCAAUAUCAUAUGGUAAUAAUGUGAAAAGUUUUGUAGUCAAGGUAAAUCAUAUCAAAAAUGCACAAUUACGUAAUUUAUUAUUACUCAAUAAAGAUACAAUUAAAAAAGAAAACUAUGUGGUUAUUUGCAUAAUACAUGAAAAUGGCAAUUCAAUGAAUGGGAUUCUAAUAUCGUUUAUUGUUAAAACAUUUUUGGACAGUGAUAGAAAAUCAUUGGAAAUGUUUACUGUUAAGUUAAAGACACUCAAUGAAGUAAUCAAGAAGUAUGCGAUGAAAUCAUCAAUGGAACUUCAAUAUAACUUACAAAAUAAUUAUUCCAUUCCUUUAGAAGAACUCAACUAUCCCAAUUUAGUUACUCUAUCAAAGGAUCUAUUACAUCAGGCAUCAUCAGAUGAGUUAUUUACAGGUCAAUUGAAAAUAGAUGUUGAAAAACCUCUACUCGAAAAUAAUUCACAUUUAUUCAAUGAUUCAACCAUACAAGAAAUUGAACAGGCUAUCAUGAUUAUGUUUAAUAAUCUUGGUUUUAUAAAACAAUGGAAUAUAUGUCAAUCUAAAUUAGCAUGUUUUAUAUUAACAAUAAAGAAUAGUUAUCGUCAACCAACAUAUCAUAAUUGGACACAUGCAUUUACAGUUGGACAUAUGGCUUAUCUAAUAUUAACUAUUGAAAGAGCAUUAAUUCAUCAAUAUUUAGAUGAAAUGGAACAAUUAGCAUUAUUUAUUGGAGCAUUAUGUCAUGAUAUUGAUCAUCGAGGAUUUAAUAAUCAUUAUCAAACACUUAUUCAUUCUCCACUUGAUGCUGUUUAUGGUUAUAAAGGAUCUAUACUAGAACAUCAUCAUAUUGAUCAGACAAUGAGAAUAUUAAAUAUCAAAGAUUGUAAUAUAUUAAGUCAAAUGACUAAGACAGAAUAUGAAAGAUUUAAAUUAUUAUUAAAACAUAUUAUAUUAGCUACAGAUUUAUAUCAACAUAUUUCAAUUAUCCCGGAAUUCAUUCAAUUAUCCAAUGUGUCCUAUGAUCCAUUCAAUAGACGACAUCAUGAAUUACUUUUAUCUAUUCUAGUUACAUCAUGUGAUUUAAAUGAUCAAUGUAAACAUUGGUUAAAUACACUUGAUACAGCUAAAUUCAUUUAUUAUGAAUUUUUUCAUCAAGGUGAUUUAGAAAAAUCAUGCAAUACAAUCCCUUUAUUAUCAUCAUUUGAUAGAGAGAAAGCAUUUAUACCAGAAUUACAAAUACAUUUUAUUGAUUCAAUUGUUCUACCAUGUUUUAAGAUAUUGUCGAAGUUUUUACCAAAAUUUCAAUCCACUCUUUAUACUAUUCAUAAGAAUAAAGAAAUUUGGCAAAUAUUAUUAGAAAAAUUUAAACAAAAUCAAUUAAUAAAUUAUACAAAUGAUUUAUUAUUUAAUAAAUAUUAUAAUAAAUUAAUAGAAGAAUAUCUGUGA